AAUGAAUUACUUGCGAGAUACAUUUACGUCUUCUUGACUUGACCAUUUGUCAGUUGUUGUCAGACUGUCAUUGAUCUAUGUGUCCCAUGUCAGUCGUGUCACCUGUCACCCUUAGUGACUUAUCGGAGUGUCGGCUGUCAUCUUAAUUUUUUCCAUCUUUGUAAGGUUAUCUUCAAAGUUCAAAAUAUUGAAGACUUUUUUUUCAUGAGAUAUUGUCGGGAAUAGUUUCUUGUAUAGUGCAAAAUAUGAAACCCAUCAUGUUACAAGGGCACGAACGUGCUAUAACACAAAUCAAAUACAAUAGGGAAGGCGAUCUCUUAUUUUCUUCCUCAAAAGAUAAUAAACCAAAUGUAUGGUUUUCCCUGAAUGGUGAACGCUUGGGCACAUUCAAUGGUCACCAAGGAGCAGUUUGGUGUAUAGAUGUUGAUUGGACUACAACUAGGUUUAUGUCUGGAGCUGGUGACAAUACAUUCAAAAUAUGGGAUUGUGCAACAGGAAAAGAAAUAGGAAAUAUUUCUACUGCUUCCUCAGUCAGAACCUGCAUGUUCAGUUAUUCAGCAAAUAUGGCAGUUUAUACAACAGAUAGGGCUAUGAAACAACCCUGUGAAAUGUUUAUUAUUGAUACAAGGCUGGUUGAUGACAGUAUAAGUAACCAGGCCCCAAUUUUGAGGAUUCCCAUUAAGGAUGCUAGAAUUUCAUCAAUUCUGUGGGAUAAUGUUGAUGAAAGUAUCAUCAGUGGACAUGAGAAUGGAGAAAUAACACAAUGGGACCUCAAGACUGGUAGACAGAUAAAUUCUGUGAAAGAACAUAGUCUCCUUAUCAAUGACAUGCAAUGGAAUAAGGAUGGCACUAUGUUUAUUACUGCUUCUAAAGAUCAUACUGCUAAAUUGUUUGAUGCAAAAGAUUUGCUUCUUCUGAAGACCUAUAAAACAGAACGCCCAGUGAACUCAGCAGCAAUAAGUCCUAUUUUUGAACAUGUGGUUGUUGGUGGUGGACAAGAUGCUAUGGAUGUCACUACUACCUCUGCCAGAGUAGGUAAAUUUGACUCCAGGUUUUUCCAUAUGGUGUUUGAAGAAGAGUUUGGAAGAGUGAAAGGACACUUUGGUCCCAUCAAUAGUGUUGCUUUCCAUCCUGAUGGAAAAAGUUACAGUUCUGGAGGUGAAGAUGGUUUUAUUAGAGUUCAUACUUUUGAUUCUUCAUACUUUGAAUAUAAUUUUGAUUAUUAACUAGUAUACUUCAUUGUGAAAGUAUGAAUCCUGGAAAUAAAACCAUUUUAUA